UCUUGGCAUAGGUGUGUCCCACACCUGGCUGUGUCAGCAGGAGGCGGGCUGAGGAACAGGAGAGGAGGCGGAGCAGCAGGCGUAAGCCCCCAUCUCCCUGGGAGAAGGAAGAGCUGAUUGUAAAGUGCCUGAACCUUGCAGCUGACCACAGAAUCUCUCGGCCUUUGCACACCUGCUCCGCAUAGAUCGGCUCCCUUGCUCCUGGGAGCUCCUGCACCCUUUCAGCCCCAGGGCCAGCCCUGCCCAUGGGAGCAGCCAGCAGCCUGGGGCUCUGUGGAAUAUGGCUGUAAGAUUUCAGGUUACAGCCAUGGAGGAGAUGGUCAUCUGGGAGCAGCACACUGUGACGCUGAGCAAGGACCCUCGAAGGGGCUUUGGCAUCGCCAUCUCAGGAGGCAGGGACCGUCCCAGCGGCUUGGCUGGGGACCCCUCUGUCGUUGUCUCAGAUGUGGUACCCGGCGGACCAGCAGACGGCAGGCUCCAGAUGAGAGAUCACAUUGUGAUGGUGAACGGCCUUUCCAUGGAGAACGUGUCCUCCUCCUUUGCCAUCCAGACGCUCAAAACCUGUGGCAAGUUAGCCAACAUCACAGUGAAGAGACCAAAGAAAAUUCAGCUUCCUGUAACCAAAACCAGCCAGCCACUAUCCAGCGACUCCUUGCACUCUCCCAACACCGUCCGAUACGAUUCUGAUGAGGAGUACGGGUACCAGGGAGAUGAGCCAUCGCCGCGGAGCACCGGGAAAGGAUACCGGUACGACAGUUACAACAGGAGCCGGCCUCAGGAUGACGCGGAUUACAGUAGAGGCUACGACGGAGACUCCUCCAGUGAGAGGAGCUCCGGCCACUCUCGGGAGAAAAGUGACAAUCGAAGGCAGGUGUCCAGAAGCAGAAGGCGGAGCCAAGACAGCGGCUCUGAAAGGCAGAGUUACCAUAGACAACACUCCACCAAUGGCUAUGGCCACGAAGAGGACGCCAAUGGGCUUGCGCUAGUGUCUGGGUUCAAGAGGCUGCCGCGCCAGGAGGUUCCAAUGAAACCCAUCCGCUCAGUUCUGGUGAAGCAGAAACAAGGCGACGAAUACGGCUUGAAGCUGGGAAGCCAGAUCUUUAUCAAACACAUAACGGAGACCGGCUUGGCUGCCAAGGACAGCUCGCUGCACGAGGGGGACCUCAUUUUAAAGAUUAAUGGUGUCACCAGCGAGAACAUGUCUCUGGCUGACACCCGCAGGCUGAUUGAAAGGUCAGAGGGGACGCUGAGGCUGCUCGUGUUCCGGGACAACCGGCAGUUCCUGGUCAACAUCCCCCAAGUGAGGGACAGCGACAGCAACAGCUCGCGGCUGGACGACAUCUCCGACAUCGGCUCCGAACUGUCCCACCCGCCCCCAGCACAGAGCCCCCAGCGGGCCCCAGAGGCCUCCAGGACGAACUCGCUAUCGGAGGGGAGACAGCUCCGCAGGGAGCCGGCAGUGACUGUACAGGAGAACGAUGCUCCUGUCCCAGAUCCCCAGGAGCCCGCUGAGGAGAGUGGCUCCAGCAUCUCCCAUGGCCACCCUGCAGCCAGAGCCAGCGAGGAGGAUGGGUACAGCCCGGACGCCAAGAUCGUGCGCUUUGUGAAGGCCAAGAGCAUCGGGCUGCGGCUGGCUGGCGGCAAUGACGUGGGCAUCUUUGUGGCAGGCGUGCAGGAGGGGAGCCCCGCGGCCGGCCAGGGGAUCAAAGAGGGGGACCAGGUUCUGCAGGUGAACGAUACCAGCUUCCAGAGCCUGACCCGGGAGGACGCUGUGCAGUACCUGCUGUCCCUGCCGCCGGGCGAGGAGGUCGUUCUGCUGACCCAGGGCAAGCAGGACAUCUACAGGAAGAUGCUCCAGUCCAACGUGGGGGACUCGUUCCACAUCCGCACGCACUUCGACUUCGAGAAGGACACGCCCUCCGGGCUGAGCUUCACGCGGGGCGAGGUCUUCCACGUGCUGGACACCAUGUACCACGGCAAGCUGGGCAGCUGGCUGGCCGUGCGCCUGGGCAGGGACCUGCAGGAACUGGACAAGGGAAUCAUCCCCAACAGGAGCAGGGCUGAGCAGUUCGCCAGCUUGGAGUCCGUCCUGAAGGCCACCGCGGUCACCAGCUCCUCCGGGGCCCGGGCCGAGUUCUGGAAGCUGCGGGGCCUGCGGGGGGCCAAGAAGAACCUGCGGAAGAGCCGCGAGGACCUGUCGGCUCUCACCAAGCAGGGCCACUAUCCGCCCUACGAGAGGGUGGUGCUGCGGGAAGCCAGCUUCAGGAGGCCAGUCGUGAUCCUGGGGCCCAUCUCUGACAUCGCCAUGGAGAAGCUGAGUGCGGAGCUGCCUGACGAGUUUGAAAUCGCCCAGACCGUGGCCCGCGACGGGGGGUCGGCCAAGGUCAUCAAACUGGACUCGGUGCGGCAGAUUGCUGAGAAGGACAAGCACGCGCUGCUGGACAUCACGCCGUCCGCCGUGGAGCGGCUCAACUACGUGCAGUACUACCCGGUGGUGGUGUUCUGCGAGCCCGACAGCCGGCAGGGCAUCAAGGCCAUGCGCCAGUGGCUGGCCCCCAACUCCAAGAAGAGCUCCCGCCGCCUCUACGCGCAGGCCCUCAAGAUGAAGAAGAACUACGGCUACCUCUUCACGGCCACCAUCAGCCUCAGCGGCAGCACCAACGCCUGGUACCAGAGCCUCCAGGAGAUCAUCCGCACCCAGCAGGCCCGGCCUAUCUGGACAGCAGAGGAGCAGGUGGACGCCUCCCCAGAGGAGGGCCUGGACCUGCUCAACCAGCAGCGAGCUGCCAGCAUGGGGGACCUCACCUGCGACAGCCGCGCCAACAGCGACUACGAGGACACGGACGGCGAGGGGGAGGCCUACACGGACAACGAGCUGGAGGACGACUAUGCCCAGCCUGCCCUGGCCCGGUCCUCGGAGCCGGUGGACCCGGGCGAGCCCCAGAACCCAGACGAGCGCGUGGGGGUCUCUCUGGCCUACGCCCCCCAGCGGGAUGGAGACCAGCAGCCGCAGGGCCAGUGGAGACAGGCUUACAGCAGCAUCAGGGAGUACGAGCACAAUGCUCUGAAAAAGAAGUUCACCCAGGCCCAGGUCUACGACUCUGAUGAGGAUGAAGGCUACGACUGGGGCCCAGCUACGGACCUGUAGCCACAACGGCUUCCAGGAUUCCGCGUUCUACACCGCCGAGCUGCCUUCUGGGAAGUGCCUGCCAUGCUGCAUCGUCCCCUUCCCGCCCUGGGCCAGCAUGGCCCCCCCAUCCCUUCUCAUGGGGGGUCGGCUCCCUCCAGAGCAGGGCUGGUCGCUUUUCAUCUUCCUAAACCCUGCUCCCUGCAGCGAGCAGCUGGCGUGAGCUGUUCUGGGCUCACACCCUCUGCACACGGCCUAGACUAACUCUCCUCCGAGCCCAGGGCUCAGGCCUGUCCUAGCUGCCUGCAGUGAGGCCAACGUGCCAGCGUCUGGGGCACGUGCAGCUCUGCCCAGCGUGAUUCAUCGGGCAGGACGCCCUGGGUGGUGCUGUAAAUAGCCCUGCCUUUCUUUGUAAUAAAGGAAUCCUUUUCUCUAGC